GUGUGUGUGGAUAAUUAUAUAUAAAUCAAAACAAUAACCAUCAAUGCAUUUUCCAGCUUUGUACACAACAGCACUUUGACGAGGCCGUCUGAGUCGGUGUGUUGGUGAGAGGCCUUCAGGCUCUGUUGGGGGGACGGCAUGGGGAUUUGAUCAUUUGUUUUAGGACUCUAUUUUAACCUAUCUAUUAUUCAAAGACCUCAAACCGUUUGGUUAAUUUGUAAACGGGGCGGGGUCGCGUUGGAGGAGGAAUGCUGAUGUGUGCCGUCAGGGCACCGAUAUUGAUCGAUCGAGUCAUCUCAUUGUAUGCACUAACAUUGAUCAGGUAUUGGGAAGUAAAAAAAAUCUAACCAUGUAGGUUUGGUGUUGUUUAACAAUGAGCUAUGUAAUACAAACUAUUUUAUUUAAAUAAGUUAUUGAAGAAACAGUGUUUUACGACCAUUCAUGAGCUUGUUUCAUUAAGAUAGAAUAAUAAUAAAAAGUCAAAAUGUUCUGACGGUUUGAUCCCUGCUUAUAUUCCUUUUUAAUUCCCUUAGUGUUGCUAUUGUCUACCAUCAUGUAUGAUGUGAGUAUCAUGCAUUAAAGCAUAUAUAUGAUAUAAAAAAGGGUAUGCCUGCUUGCUGUGGUGGCGGUUUGAAGGCUUUUCUAAACGGUGGAUAGUAAUGAAUAAGUAGAAAACCGUUACAAUAUGGAGCUAAUGAACUGGGUUCGCAGGGAAAUGGGGAUCUCUGAAAGCGAAGUGAAUCCUCACACAUAACUCCGGCUUCUCCUGACCUAAAGUGGACCUUAGCAACGGCUUAAUUUCAGUGCCAACCGGUUUUGUAAGAGGACAUCCUGGGGGAUUUGUGGAGAAAGAACACAAACUUUCAGUUCCCGUUUGCUUUAUAAAAGAGAAGAGAAGUUUGAAUCAAGGUCUUCUGGACGAACGGACGAGAUGGAUAGGCCCCUUUGUCUCCUCGUUGUUUCAACGCUACUGACCGUGCUUCGUUCAGAAAAAGUGGGUGAAGAAUUCAAAGCCACGCUGACCAACAUGGGCCCUUCCACCAUAUUCCACGGGGAGUCCAUCCGCCUGACAUGCGAUGUCACUGACCCCCGGUCCACGUGGGAACACGUGUGGUUUCGGGACGACAAGCGGCUGGAUCAGCGCGGGGAGCUGACCAUCCUCUCCGCGGUCGUCGGGGACGCUGGGAAUUACACCUGCAGGGGGGAGAGGAGGGGGGCAGUGGGGAUCAUUUACACCCCCAAGAGCCUGCAACACAGAAUCUCGAUCGGCAUGGGCGAUGUCCUGCUGACGGUGAGACAGCCCGUCCUGUUGGGGGCGACCCUGGACGCCCAGUGUCGGGUGCGGGGCACGCCCAUGCUGACCGAGGUGAAUCUGUACAAAGACGAUGUCUUGGUGUCAAGUCGAACUGACGGGAUGGCAGAUUUCACCCUUCCUAACGUCAACCUCACGUAUCAGGGCACAUACCAUUGUUUGGCCGGUUGGUUUGAUGGACAGCAAAACCAUGCCAAAUCUCUAGGCAAUCCGGUGACUGUCGAAGAGGUUGUUUCUAAGCCCAUUUUGUUUUUGGAUGUGAACGCCAACACUAAGCCCCAAGACAUGACUCUCAACUGCACGUUCACCUUCACCAAACCGGAUCCGGCCGCUGAAGUUCACGUCUACUUCUACAGAGACGAGACGAAACUUGUAGGAAUCGCCCGGUCUCAGAAGAGACCGAGGCUGGUGGUCCUGGCGAAGGAGGGCGCGUACCGCUGCAGGGCCCGGGUCCCCUCGCUGAACCUCGACAAGUGGAGCGAGCCGAGGGAAUACAGACCCUGAGCCGCGCACCCAUCCCUGCUGGAGCCCUCUCCCCACGAAGGGAGCCCCUUCUGAGGGAAUCCUCUUCUGAGGGGAGCCUCUGGCUGUCUGAGACGGGAUCCUCUGCAAUAAUCAUUUAGCCGAUAUGAAAUCAAGUACAAUAAUGACUAAUGAACACUGAAUCCCUUUUAUUUUAUUUUUUUAUUGUUUUUCAAGUUUUCAAGAAAUUAUGUAACAACUUAAAUGACAUGUGCUUUCUGAAUCAAAUAAACAAAUACCCUUUUUGGCAAAACAAAAUAUGGCUAAAAACAAUUUUACU